AUGAAUGGAGAGACUUCUCUGGAGGGCAGUGAAAGGGUCUAUAUUGAUCAGAUGCCUAAUGUAGAAAAACGUCUGAAGUUUACGGAUUCUGCGUCUUCUGACUCCCACUUUGCAAUCGGGUUGGGCCUGUGCCUGGUUCUGGCCGGGCUGACGCAUGCAGAUAGAGGGUCGCGCUUUCCCGCGCUUUCUUCUCCUACCAGCACAUAUCUGUUUGAGAAGUCGCUCCAGCUGACAGAAACAUGCAAAAGACUGCAAGACGGCUUUCAGACUUUAUCUAGCAAACUAAAAAGGUAUUUAGAGAGUGACUAUCUUCAGAUUAUCAGAAAUAUACAGAGCUGUCCAUGGAAACGACAAGAAGAAGAAUAUGAGAAUUUUAGAGCAAAACUUGCUUCCUGUUGUGAUGCUGCUCAAAACUUCAUUGUUUCUCAGAAUAACACUCCAGCUGGAACCAACAUGAGUUAUGAGGUGGAAAGCAAAAACGAAAUCCUAAUUAGAGAGAACAUUUUUAAUAUGUUUCCAGUGUCUCAGCCUUUCAUGGAGUACCCCUACAAUCAGUGUGCAGUGGUUGGAAACGGGGGAAUUCUGAAUAAGUCUCUUUGUGGAGCUGAAAUAGACAAAUCCGACUUCGUUUUUAGGUGUAACCUCCCCCCAGUCACAGGAAACGUUAGUAAAGAUGUUGGCAGUAAAACCAAUGUUGUGACUGUAAAUCCCAGUAUCAUAAAACUAAAAUAUGGGAACUUAAGGAAAAAGAAAGAAACAUUUCUGGAGGACAUUGCAACCUAUGGAGACGCGUUCCUUCUUCUGCCAGCAUUUUCUUUCAGGGCCAACACGAUUGCCUCUUUCAAAGUGUACGACACCCUAAAGGAGUCUCAAGCAAGACAGAAGGUUCUAUUUUUCCAUCCCAAGUACCUGAGAAAUCUUGCCCUUUUCUGGAGAACUGAAGGUGUGACGGAGUUUCGCCUGUCCUCUGGCUUGAUGAUCACAAGUGUGGCAGUUGAACUGUGUGAGCACGUGAAGCUGUAUGGAUUUUGGCCCUUCUCUAGAACGGUUAAAGACACACCUGUCAGCCAUCACUACUAUGACAAUAACUUACCUAAACGUGGUUUUCAUGAGAUGCCUAAGGAAUAUAGACGAAUUCUCCAACUUCACUUGAAAGGAAUCCUCAAAUUACAAUUUAGCAAAUGUGAAAUAGCCUAAGCAUAGUGCUUUAAAUGGUAAUAGUUUUAAUAGAGUGCCAUAGGUGAGUAACGGUGUUUCCCAAUGCUAAAAGCAUUGGGUGUAGGGCUAAUAGGAAGAGCCCCAAAACUUGGUUUGAGCAAAGCUCCCCACUAAGCUUGCAACCCAGCAGCUCAUGCAGUUGUCCUGAUCUUCAGUUUCCCUCCCUGUAAAAUGGGGACCAUGAUAUCUAACUCUAUCUAAUAAUCUAUGAAAACUCUUGGCAAAGGAUUGGCGUGAGGUAGGGACUCCAUGAAUAUUUCCUUGUUGCUCUCUAGAACUACCGGUUCCACUCUCAGCAGAGUGAUAAUAAAAGGCAUGCUGUUUUGAAGACCCUUCCUGGAGAGAACUGCUGAAUUGCCAGUUUUCACUGGGGUUCUUUCUCAAGCAGGCCUCUCUAUUAAUAAUAUCCUUCUCAUCCUCCUUCCUGUCCUAAAGAGUGCAUCUAAGAAAUUACAGCAAACCCUUGAUGAUUCAGGAAUGAAAUCCUCCUCUUUGGGUAGUAAUGUGCCUGCUUCUGAUUACCUUCACUAGGGUCAUUAGCUGCAAUGAUGUGUCCGGCUGGAUUUCGGCCAAUUGUUUUCCUCCUUUAUUUACAUUUUUAAAUCACUCUUCAUAAUUUAUAUUAAUUUCUUGCCUUCCUCUGAAGCCUUUUCCACUCCCACUCACAGGAACUGUUUUAAGAGCAUGAAGAGUUACAAUAGCCAGUUUUUCUUACCUGGUGUCUGUGGAGUCAUAUAUUCAGUUUAUUUUAUAAACAAAUUAUCCAACAGCUAUUUCAUGCCAGCCCCUGUAGCAAGCUCUGUGAGAGGGACCUAAAGGUGACCAAGUCCUGUAGGAGGAAACGGACAUGCAUAUGACCAACUGUUGUUAUGACAGCUAUGAAGAAAGUACUAUGAGGAACAGAGGCAGGAGUAAUUCAGUCUAUUUCAGUGGACUCUGUUUCGGAGAAGAGGUAAUGGCCGAAUAAAACCUAGAAAGUGAGUAAGGUUUUAAUAAAUGAAGAAGAUUCUAGGUAGAGGAAAUAUGAUGGGGGAAAAAGCAGUCCCCUUGAUUCUGAUUCACCAAAAUGAGGAUAUUUGAAGGUAAAUCAUGGUCUUUGCCCCAAGAACUAUCACUUGAAGAGAGGUUGUAGCACAUGAGGAUGGUGGCUUGGGCCCACCUCUGAAACGGGAGUCAUUGUGACCUGAUAGACUUCACAGGAAAACGGUAAAGAUUAAAAUACACCAAAACUUAAUUCUCAUAAAGAAAGGUAUAUAUUUACAUGAGAAAUAGGACAAAUAAUUUAAACAUCAGUAUCAAAUAAAGCUUAAGUUGUAUUGAUUAUUACCAUUUUCACACCACUCCCUUCAUUAUGAUGAUACCUGUUAAUGUAGGUCAUCCCUUCAUCUACUGAAUAAGUUCUUUGAUGACUUAACUAAGUGACUACAUUUCUACUUUGCCUGUUUGUCUUUGUACCAUCAUGAGGAGGGCAGAAAUUGGGGUGGAGCCGACUUGUCAGCAUGCUGAAUUAAUUACAAAUAAAAUUCUGAAUUCUUACCUUAGCCAGAUGAUUGUUUUACUCAAUGUUCCCUUUUAAGACCAUUCUGCUGUCAGUCACUUAUUUUGGCAAAGUACCUCGUUCCUUUCAUUGUUGUUGACAUUUUUUUUUAUGCCAUUCUUUGUUCACAUUUUAUUCUUCUAUAGCAGAUGAAACCUAUUAGCUCCAUAAAUUGCUUAAAAGUUCAUAUAUAAAUAUUUUUCAAAAGGAGCAUGCUUUUAGUUACAUGAAGUCUAAUUUACUUAUCUUUCUUUCUGUGCAAAUGAGUAAGUGGUUCUUUUCUAUUGCUUCUAAUGGAUUUAAUUUGUUUCUAAAACUCUGCUAGCAGUAUAAGUAAUGUCUA